AUGUCGACGAAUGGCUAUAACACAUACAAUCCCUCCUACCAACACUCUUCCGCCCAGCAAUACGCGUCGUAUCAGACUGCACCCGCUUCGAAUAAUAUCGCCCAAUCCGCCCGCCAGUACCAGCAACCACCACCGACGACGACGCAAGCCCAGCAGUACAUUGCCUACCCAGCACAGUCAUAUACAACCCAGAACAGUGGAUAUGGAACUGGAUCCAUAUGGAACAACAGCACAUAUGGUGCAAAUAGCGAGACAACAAAUCGAGCUGCCGAGGUUCUGCGCAAUAUGAGUAACCCCUCGUAUGCAUCUAGCACCACACCUGCGACCACCCAACCCGCCUUCACCACCAACACUACUACGUCGUCGCAUCCUGGUCACUACGCCAGCUCGAAUGCCCCGCAAGCCCCAGCGAAGCAGAGCCAUUCUAUUUAUGGACAAUCGCAAGCGCGCCCACAGAGCGUCAUCAAUAAUCGUGCUCUACCGUCUCCGGUCACAGCAUCAAAGAGCCAUCUGCACACAACGCAGCCAAUGCGUAACCAGCAACAGCAGCAGCGCUCCGCCAGCCCGGCUCAGCCUCAAUACACUACCGCGCAAGCGAACAAUGCGUGGACCACAACCAUCAUGACUACAGAAAACCAGCAGUAUGGCGGUUACGGCAGCCAGCAGAUUGCUAGUGUCGAGUCCUCGCGCAGCUCACAAAAUCGCACACCGUCAAACGUCAAUAAUUACGACACUGCGCCAAUUCCCCCAGCUGCGCCUUCUGUACCCACUGUCAGCAUGGCAGAUACAUACCAUACACAGGGCACUACUACCGUAGAUCCACUGGCAGUUUACGACCCAUGGCCGGAAUAUCAGCGAAAACAAGCAGCAAGGAAGGCGAUUGAGGACGUGGCACGUGCUGAAGUGGAAAGAGUUGCAGGGGAGGCGCGCCAAAUAGAAGAGGAGCGUAGACGACAAGAAGAAAGAGAAAGUUUGCGACAACCACAUCCAAAGCCCAAUGCGAACCAGAGUCAAAAGGAGCAGCAACCAAACACAGCCGAGGUGGCUGCUGCACCUCCGGCUGGCGAAGAUGCCCCCAGUGGCGAAUUGGAAGCCGAGAUUCGUGCAAUGAUGGCGAAAAUGCGCGAACUCAACAGUAAAGACCCGAGUCUCCUCGCGCGCAUCUGGGAAGAGGAACGUAGAGCAAAACCAAAAUCACAGAUGACACAAAGUAAGCCUACGCCUCCAGCUACCGAAGCCCAAUCUUCACAACCUGCUCAUGCUAGCACUCCGCAGCUUGCAAACUUGGAGGAGAGCAUCUCACAUAGGGAAGCAGCCAACACAAAUGUAUCUAAGCCGAGGACUCCCGUGGUCGCUCAGGCUGAACCGGUCAGGCGAACUCAGACACCGGCCAACCGACCCGCCGGCAACACUGUCUGGCCAACAGAGAAGAAGGCACAUCUAGCAAAAGCAGCCGCAGCGUAUCUAAAUGACCACAACACUUUCCGCAAAAUCCAAGCUUCUCGCAUAAUAACUUUACUCAAUGGCAACCCUUCUUAUAUCCAGCUAUGUGAGCAGCUUGAGCAGAUGGGGUUUAAACUAGAUCGCGCAGCUUUUGCUAAAUGCUUGCUCACAGCCGUGCCAGACGUCAAUUCAAAACCGCGUCAAUCUUUACCUCAAGCACCAGCUCCUGUUCAGACACCGCCUGUCCCACCUGCCGUAAUGAAGAAGGACAUUUCAGCUCCCGUCGCACCUAGCCCACAAGACACGCCAGCUUCAGCACAGACACCUGCACCUGCACCUGCACCCGCAUCUGCACCCGCAUCUGCACCCGCACCUGCACCCGCACCAGUUGCCGAGAUGAUGCCCAUCAAGCCUGAGCUGAGGAAGCCUGCUAAUAAAGAAGAGGCUGCCCGAAAGCGCAACCUGAGCGAGCUUGUUGAUCUAACGCAACUUUCAGAAGACGAGGAUAUGGGCCCACCACCCAAGAGGAUGGAUACUGGUGUCAUGCAUAUAUCUGAUCCUCAGGAUACAACGGAUGGCGACAAGCAACCGUCGACUUCUAUCCCCAAUGGGCCACCGCAGUCUUUUAUGCAACAAUUGCCAGCGCUACCCAACAGCCUUAGAUACACGACCUACGUUAAGCCACUAGAUCGGAACAAAGCAUUACGUCGCAAUACUUACAAUCCUGCAACAAUUGCACGCGAUGUCUUGAUCGCUUGUGGAAGACACCCGUCUCAGCGUAAUCUAAACCAGCAUUUAGACCAGCUAAGAACAAGUUUGCCUCAUGUCACGAUGGAAUCGGACCUCAGCACUAUCAGGUGGGAUCUGAUCGAUCCUGGCAACCCACCUCCGGACUACUUCAAGGAGAGAGUCGAAGAUCUAACGCAAGAUGCAGACAAGGAGGAUUCGGGUGAUGACGAGAGACCGCCUCCCCGCUCUCCGUCGAACGCGAUUGGUGGUGGGGGUGGGGCUCAGGUAAAGGACCAAGCUUUACUCGAAGCUAUCAAUCCAUUCAUCAAGAAAAAGCGACGCGGUCGACCUCCGCGAAACUCUUUACCUGACACCACUGAGCCUGUAAAACAGCCUGCUCCCAUGAGUUCAAGUGACCGCCCUGCUUCAGGUGCUAGCGGCGUGGGCUAUUCGGCAUUUCGAUCUGCUACACAAUACAACCCUGACGGUACACCGAUUCCUAAGAAGAAAGGUCGCCCUGUUGGUUGGAGAAAGGCCAUCCAUGGAUCUGCUGCCACGCAGGCUCAAACGACUUCAAAAAAAGACACUGGCCUCUUGAAUAAGCAUCAGCCGCCACAACCAAGCUCCUUGGGCAAUGUGCGCACAGAUGAUGCGGCAAUUCGUAUCGACUCGAGGUCGCCGAGUGUCGUGGACCGUGUCUUUCAGUCGUACAAGUGUAGAUGGCUAAACUGCAAAGCAGAGCUACACAACAUGGAUACCCUGAAGAAACAUGUGUUCAAAGUGCACCGUAAAGAAACGGUCGGUAACACUUUGAACUGCCUGUGGGAUGGUUGCGGCAAAGAUACCCAUCCACCUUCUUUUGAUCUGGAGAGCAACUGGCGUAGCCAUGUACAGCAGGUGCACUUUGAUCCGCUGUUAUGGGAGCUUGGCGAUGGACCAGCCAGUGGUCUCUCUGACUCGCAUGACUAUGAUGCUUAUCUUAGCGACGCGCAAGGUCGACAAGUUACUCCACGCAUUACAGUCGACCCUGAGCGCCUAGAGGCACUUAGUUUGUCUCCGCCAGAUUUACUAUCACGAGGUCGCGGUCGGCCUCCAAAACGCACCCUAGAGCAAGAAGCUCGUGACGCGCACGAUAGGCUCGCGUCGCUGAAGAUGCGUAUAGGAGGACCGGGCAUGGAUCGUGGUGGUGCAACACUUGUGAACGAAAAACGGCGAAGAGGUCUCAUUGAUGUCGAUGAGACAGAAGAGGAGAUUGUUAACGUGGAGGAUUGA